AUGGCAUGAUCCCAGCCAAAGGUCUCUGAGGAAAACACUGUACAAACCGAGUUCCAGAGGACAGGGAAAGGCCUUUGGUGAUUCUGGGAUGGUUAUUUUCAAACUGUCUUGUGAUGGGACUCAAGAGAACACAGCCUGGUCUGGAGUCUUCAUUCCCUUCUCCGCUGGUGGGUUAUAUGUCUCUUCUCUCCUGGACUCGGGCAAGUGAACCCCUUUUCCAUUGCUUGGGUUCUGCGAUAAUCCUAACAGAAAGACCUGCUGCCCUGGUUGCCCCUGCUUAAGUCUUGAGCUUUAAAGAAGCUGACUGGUGUCCCCAAAACGCUCGUAGCUCCGCCCUGCAUUGGGAUGGCUCAGGAGCCCUAAAUCCAGGUUACUGGAAGGGCGAGCUUUGGCCCCUCCCACCGGCGGGGGGCGUGUCUCAGAGGCCCCGCCCCAGAUCCCGCCCAUUUCACCUGACUCUGCCUGAUGCUGCGGCGUUAGAUCCCCCGCACUGAGUGGCUGCUACGGUCCACGCUUCUUAACUCAGCUCCGACUUGAUUCCCACCGCUGUCAUGCCUCGGGGAAGCCGCAGUGCGGCUGCCAGGCCGGCCAGCCGCCCAGCCCCGCCUCCUGCGCACCCACCACCCUCAGCGGCCGCCCCCGCACCUGCCGCUUCGGGCCAGCCGGGUCUUAUGGCUCAGAUGGCAUCCACCGCCGCAGGCGUAGCCGUGGGCUCCGCUGUAGGGCAUGUCAUGGGGAGCGCCCUGACCAGCGCCUUCAGUGGGGGAAGCUCAGAGCCUGCCCAGCCUGCGGUCCAGCAGGCCCCUGCCCGUCCUGCCUCUCACCCCCUGCAGAUGGGGCCCUGCUCCUAUGAGAUCAAGCAGUUCCUGGACUGCUCCACCACUCAGAGCGACCUAACUCUCUGCGAGGGCUUCAGCGAGGCCCUCAAACAGUGCAAAUACAAUCACGGUCUGAGCUCCCUGCCCUGAAGACGCUGCGGGUUUGCCCGUAGCCUAACCCCUCACCGACAGCUUAAUGGAGAAGUCACGGAUGGUCCUUGUGACUGGGAAGGACAGUUCUCACCCCACAGACUAACAGGAGACAUAAAUGUUCAAUUAAAGAGUUUACUUUAGACCACA